AUGAUAGCUACGAGUAAUGCUACGAGUGUUACAACCAAACGAUACAAAAUUCUUUCACACGCAAACAGUCAGCUAAUAUUCCUCAUGGAGCCACCACCGCGGCUGUCGUUCUCCAAUAGUACUGGUGCUAGUGUGUCAUGCGCUGCUCACGGCACUCCCGCACCCACAAUCACUUGGCUCACUGAAGACGGCGUACCCGUGUCGGAUGUGCCUGGAUUAAGAGAAGCUCUGCCAAAUGGCACGCUGUGGCUCGGCUCCUUCUCAGCGGCACAGUACCGCAGCGACGUUCACGCUGCUGUGUAUCGGUGCCGCGCUGCUGGUACAGUGGGCACGGUGCUUUCCCGAGACAUGCGUCUUGAAGCAGUGAUGGAUGUGCCCUGGGAAGUACGUGUUCAACCGACCCAUGGCGUGUCUGGGGGCUCUGCAUUGAUGACGUGCGCGGCCUCGGCUCCGGUCCGUGGUCACAUCUCCGUCACUAGGUGGUUCAAGGAUGGUAGCGUCCUGGCUCCCAUGGCAGCUGACGCUGGAGGUCGAUAUAUGAUUGGUGGCAGCCGAGGUGAUAUCCUGGUGAUACGAGAAGCGAGACCUGAUGAUGCCAGCUCUUACUCGUGCGAGGCUCAGCACGUUUUGACGGGGGAAAAGAGAAGAAGUAAUGCAGCCAUGAUAGCUGUUUCCCAUACUACGGGAAGUAUGGCACCAAGAAUCCUCACGAUAUCAGAAGACGAGACAGUUCCUCAAGGAGGAGACAUCCGAUUAGUUUGCUGUGCUAUUGGCAGUCCUCCUCCCACAUACAGCUGGUUCCGUCAUGCAAACGGUCGCCUGAGUCCUGUAUCCAACAGCAUAAGAAUAUCGGUAACCGAACAAGUGUUGGUAAUCAGACGAGCUCAGACCUCGGAUAGUGGAGUUUGGACAUGCAGAGCUCACAACCAAUACGGGGAACAGAGGAGGGACGCAAGACUCCGCGUCCGGUCUAGGCUUGUUGUCAGCGUUCACCCACAGCUACAAGUUGCCAAUUCAGGCAGUUCCGUAACUUUCAACUGCUCAGUGGAAGGAGGAGAGGCGCGAGUGCGGUGGCUGCACGAUGGCGUACCGGUGGGGGGUGGUGAGCGGGUUCUUCGCGUGCACGGCGUUGUGCGCGCUCACCGGGGAAUGUACCAAUGCUUUGCUGAAAGGGACCUAGAUAGCGCACAGGCUGCUGCGGAGUUAAGGCUUGGAGACACGGCCCCGGAACUACACUAUACGUUUAUCGAGCAGGCCCUACAUCCAGGGCCGGCACUCGCACUCCACUGCUCCGCAUCAGGGUCGCCGCCGCCACGCUUCACUUGGCUUCUCGACAUGCAAGUGGUCGAGGAACAUAAUACACCGCAGAGAAGCAUCUCACAAUUCAUGAGUCCCAACGGCGAUGUCGUGAGUUAUCUCAACAUAACAUCUGUUCGACCUGAAGACGGCGGGCGCUACACUUGUCGCGCGCACAAUACAAGAGGCGCUGUAGAGCACUCGACAAGGCUUAACGUUUACGGACCACCAUCGAUACGGAACAUCGGACCAGUUCGCGUGGUAGCUGGAGUUAAUACAACACUCUACUGCCCUUACUCCGGAUUUCCAAUCAGUGAUAUCAGGUGGCAGCGAGGAGGGCUAGAUGUCGGGUCGACAGGCAGAGCGCUGUCGGGAAGUAGCGGAGAACUCCUACUUUGGCCAGCUGAACCAGCCGAUGCUGGAGUGUAUUCAUGCAGGGUGACCGCACCAUCUGGGCAGUAUGCCCAAAAAGAUGUACAGAUUUUUGUCAGAAAUCCACCGAAAAUUGCCGGCUUUUCGUUUCCAGCAGACUUAGUGGAAGGAAGUUCAAUACAAGUUUUAUGUGGUAUAACAUCUGGAGACAAGCCCGUCUACUUUUCCUGGUUAAAAGAUGGAUUACAUAUUCCUUCAAAUUUGCAAGUAUACCAAUAUAAUAUCAAUAGCAUUCUCAUUGUAAAUCUAUAUAUUCUCUUCAUAAUCAAAUCAGUAGAGUCAGAAUCUGAAGUGAUCCUGGAAUACCGAGUGGAUGGUCUCAGGCCAGCGACAGCGUACGCAUUACGACUUGCUGCCGUUAAUGAUAUCGGCGAUAGUGAAUAUUCUGAAUCCGUUAUCGUGCAAACUUUAGAAGAAGCGCCUUCAGAGCCUCCUCGAAACGUCGAAAUUCAAGCAGACGCACCAGGAGAACUUUUAGUCAAGUGGCAGCCUCCAUCUCAAGAAUCCUGGAAUGGUGAAUUGCUCGGUUACGCGAUAUGGUGGCGCGGAGACAACACAUCACUAGCAUUGACAGUACCAGGUUGGGCCGCGACUCAUGCUCGGCUCGCAUCAUUGCGUGCACAUGCGCGGUACGAGGUACGCGUGCGCGCGUUUAACGCUGUGGGCGCUGGACCUUCAUGUGCUCCACUAGCUGCCACUACUCUUGAGGAUGUUCCCGACGCUCCACCGCAACAUAUCCGCUGCGAGCCACUAUCCGCCCAAUCCUUUCGCGUAUGGUGGGAGCCACCACCAGCUGUUUCAAGAGGUGGACUUCUUUUAGGAUAUGAAAUUAUGUACCAGGAGGUCGGCUUAAUUGAUGCAAUAUGGGAAAGGCGUCGAGCAGGUGGCGGAGAAGCGCAAGUAGGAGGGCUGCGAGCGGGCAACUAUUCGCUGCAGGUGGCGGCGCGCACGGCCGCCGGCCUGGGCCCGCCCGCCGCCACGCACUGCACCACGCUUGACGACGUCCCGGGACCACCAGCUGAUAUAAAAGCUGUACCAAAUUCUGAAGAAUCGGUGAUUGUGAGCUGGCUCGCACCUGCGCAGAAAAAUGGAAAGAUUAGACACUACACGGUGUAUAAUAGGCCUCAAAGGACAGGCCAGCACUCCCACGUGAUGGUGCCGCAUUCAGAUGAGGAGCAAAUGCUGGAAGUGCGUGGACUACAGGAGCACCAACUCUAUGAAUUUUGGGUUACCGCUGCCACGACGGCCGGGGAGGGGGAGAUGAGUGCUAUCGUUGCCAAGAAACCAAGCUCAAGGGCUGGAGCAAAAAUUUGGUCAUUUCCACGUAGAAUAACAGCAGCGGAAGGUUCACGUGUUGUAUUAACGUGUGGAGGUGCGGGCACUCCUACCCCUCUUCGUGUUUGGAGUCGCCGCCGACCGCCUUCACCGACUACAGACCCAAGAAUUCGAAUAGAAGGACAUCGUAUUGUCAUACCAAAACUAGAGGCAGUGAUGUCGGACAACUACACUUGCGUGGUGCGCAACCCGUGGGGUGAGGAGCGCGGCGUGUGGGAGCUGCGCGCAUCGUCGCCACCCGCGCGCCCGCGCCUGCGCCUCAGCGGCGCCGCGCCCGCAGCGCUGCUGCUCGCGUGGGACGCCGCCGACUCUCACACUUCUAAGCCAGCAGUGGAAAAACACAUGAUCACGAGCAACAGUAGCUGUGUUCGAUUAAAUUUUCUGACAUGGGACAGUAACAGUUGCCCUUUGAUCCAUUUCGUUGUCUCUAUCCGAGGCUUUGAGGAAACUGUUUGGAGAUCAGAAACUGUUGGAUUGGAUAUUCUACCAACUGCACUGUGUGGUCUACAUUCAGCUACUUGGUAUCACCUGAAAGUAGUCGCCCUGAGCACCGCGGGGUCUACUACAGCGACUUAUUACUUCUCUACGUUAACUGAAGAUGGCGAACGUAUAGCGGCGCCCGCGCAGUUCCCAGCGGGUGGCGAGGAGGGCGUGGCGGCGGGCGGCGGCUUCACUCUGCUGGCGGCCGCGGCCGGUCUGGUCGUAGCGCUGCUGUUAUUAGCAGUAUUGGCUUAUAGAAGAAGUAUGGCAGCUUCGUGCUUCAGAAAAGGCUACGAACAAAGUGGAGUUUCUGAAGAAGACAAAUCCAUUGAAAAACGUGAUAACAGAAGGAAUUGUCAGCAAGUUUACACAUCGUCCCCUAUCAAACAUCCUAAUAAGAAGGAACAACAAGGUACUUCCAUGAUCCAUAAUGGAAUGUUCUGA